GCUCCACCAUCCCAUCAACUGUAGCUCCAUAUUCCCCAUUUCUCCAGGAAAUCAUGAAGAUCCUCCUUCGUUCCAUUUUCCAAGCCCCAUUAACCGCUUUCCGACCUAUUUCACGUGCACCUCGUCCAUCAAUCUUCGGACAAUCAAAUUCUCACCACCAAAUCCGCGCUUUCUUAAUCUCCACGCCCAGAGCUCUCCAAGCUGAAAAUCUUGCCUCGAGACAAAAAGCCACCGAGAAAGAGAAAUCUCAAUCAGAUUUAAGCACACCGAGUACACUUCCAAAAGAGGUUGGCGACUCUGCAACGAAGCAUACCGGAAAUGUCACCCAGCAAUCUGCACCCUCUGUUACAGCAUUGCAGGAAUCACUUGAACCUCUCUUGAGAGAAAACGGCGGGAAGUGGGUUUUAGCAGAUGAUGGAAUGUCUAUGGGAAGGGUUGUCCAAUUCAAGGGAUUUAAAGAUGCUUGGAACUUCAUGAACGCCAUCGCAGCAAAAUGCAAACAAGAAAGACAUCACCCAGAAUGGGUUAACAUCUACAACAAGGUAUUCAUCCGCUGGACCACGCAUGAUCUUCCCGGUCUAACAGCCACCGAUAUCCUCAUGGCCACGUUUUGCGACGAGCAAGCCACGAUACACAAAGAAGUAUACAAUAUCUCAGAAGAACCCCUUUCUAAAAGUACCCAGCACGAAAAAUUUCUCAGUCAAGCUCAUCAGGUCGCUGAUAAGUUAUCGUCGAAAUGAUAAAUUUUAAUUAAACAUGUUCAGAUGGUGAUGAGAAAGAAGAUUCAUGAACACAUCACGGUGUGAAAUAGAGGACAACAUAUAAGAACAUAAGACCCUUUUAAAUAUGAUUCUGGGACUUAGGACAGGUGUGGAAAUAAAUCAUGAUGAGAGAAGUUGUGGGAAGAAGAGGGAGGAGAACAAAAAAGCUAACAAGACCGAAGUGAGACCAGAAGAUCUUGAUGAUGAAAAUCCAUGGGGAGAUGACGCAGAUGUAUUGUGAAGAUUUAGAAAACUGUAAGAAUUGCUUGAAUUACA